CCAAAUGCCAGCGGUAGUCCCAUAUGGAUCCAAGAUGGCGGCCCCGUAUAGAGAUGUGUUCGCUUCGCAUCACGAGUGGCCGGCUACAGUCAUGGCAGUGGACUGCACUGGUAGCCAUGUUGUCCUGGGAGCCCGAAAAGGACUUGCUUUCAUAAAUCUUGACAGUCCUUCUGUCAUCACAAAGAAAGUGAACAGGGAUAGUAUCAAAUGGGAUUGUGGGGCAGUGGAGUGGAAUCCCCACAUCUCACAAGCGCACAUACUUGCUGCAGUGUCAAACCAGAAGGCAGAGAUCUGGAAAUGGCGGGAUGGAAGUGGUGUGCAGACACAAAUGCUGCGGGCUCACACUAGAAUUAUAAGUGAUUUGAACUGGUCAUGGUUUGACCCCCAAGUGUUGUCUACUUGUUCAGUUGAUCAAUUUGUGUACAUCUGGGAUCUCAGAGAAAAGAAACCUGCCACAUCUCUACAAGCAGUAGUGGGGGCUUCACAAGUGAAAUGGAACAAGGAGGAUCGGAAUGUACUAGCCACAAGUCAUGAUGGUGACGUCCGAAUAUGGGACCUCAGAAAAGGUAACACGCCUGUCGUGUACAUCACUGCCCAUCUGUCCAAGAUCCAUGGAGUGGACUGGUCCCGGACAAGCGGCACAGCGCUGGCAACGUGCAGCAAUGAUGCCAGUGUCAAGCUUUGGAACACUGAGAACCCACGGCAACCAGAAGCCAAGCUGACUGUCACUGCCCCAGUUUGGAGGGCUCGGUAUACGCCGUUUGGCCAUGGGGUGCUUACAGUAGUGGUGCCGCAGCUCAGACGAGGGGAGAAUAACCUGUGCUUGUGGAACGCUAUCGACCUGACGACACCCGUGCCCACCCCUGUGCACACCUUCGAGGGGCACAAUGACGUGGUGCUGGACUUCCACUGGAGAUCACAGCUAUUCGAAGGAGAGGAGCACUUUCAGCUGGUCACGUGGUCUAAGGAUCAAAACCUGAGGCUUUGGGCGGUUGAGCCGAAAAUAGUAGCGGCGUGCAGCGACGAAGCACAUCAAGAAGAAAACCAUUCCUCAUCUGAAAAGCUACUGUGGGAGGGAAGGAGAGGGUCUCACGAGGGACCGCAGGACAAGCGAACAGCAGGCGCACAACCACAGACUCUCCAGCAAGAGUUCGCCCUCAUUAAUGUGAACAUCCACAACGUCACUGUAGAGCAGAUGGAUGCCGGUCAGCGGUGCUGCACUGUGUCGGUGACAAAUGGCUCCCGUGUCACGCUAUCCAUUCAUUUCCCAGCCAUGUACCCGAAUAACGCAAUCCCUGGCUUUGUGUUUACCCCUGACACAGCCAUCCCAAUGUCUACCCAGAGCAGAUUAAUCAAGACCCUACAGGAGACAGCCUAUAACCAUGUCAAGUUAAACCAGACGUGUCUAGAACCUUGCCUUCGUCAGCUCGUCAGCCAAUUAGAGGAGCUCACGCUUCAGGAGGAACGCGUGACAGAUGUUUCUCAGGCUAUUCCACAAAUUCUACCCGUCACAUACGGAAGUUACCAAGACGCAGCCAUCCCAUUCCCCCGCACGUCUGGCGCAAAGUUCUCUGCUUGCGGUCUAUUGGUCUGCUUUCAUCGGCCGAACGCAAGUAACGAGCCAACGCCCAGAUCCUUGUCAGCGCUGUCCGCGUACAGCUAUCGACCUAGUCCCGGUCCAGCCCUCCCUCCUCUCCACAAUAACACAGGGAACCUGAAAGCGUCUCAUCCUCGGACUUUCGCUUCGUUUGGACGUAUGGGUGGUCAUAGCAGACAGAGAUACUUCCGGUCUUUAAGCCAGGAAGACCGGAUGAGCAAGAAGUUUGGAUCCAUGUCGGCCCCAGCCCCACGCAACCGUGGUGGGCUUGUGAUGAUCUGGGACGUGAGUGUGCUAAUGCCGCUGCAUCGAUCGCUGGCGCAGAACUACGUACUCGAAGGAAAUGACGUCAUAGACAUCUGCAAGAAGAAUACGUCAGCGGCGCUUGCUGUUGGCCGUAAGGACCUGGUACAGACCUGGUCCUUGUUAGGUCUGGUGCUGGAGAGAAAAUUGGCCCAAGCUCCAGACAACGUGGAUGACACCCCCUGGGCCCUGCACCCCUUUGGAAGGCCCCUCUUGGACUUCUUGAUGGAGUAUUACCUGAACAUCCGGGAUAUUCAGACACUAGCUGUGUUGACGUGCGUCAUGUCCCAUCAUUCCUUGCCCGAUUCGUUCAAGCCCGCAAAGCAUCAGGGGCAUCUUAUAACCAGCAAGUCUUUCACGUUUGGCUCGACCAUGGGCCCGUCACCGACCUUCAUGUACGAGACGAGCCAUCAGCCUGGCCCCAAACGCUCCAAGUCAGUAGCGAACAGCAGCGUGGGCCUGACGGGCGAGGGCUCCACCCCUGAGAUGGUGUGGUGUGACAUCCUGCCUCACGAUAGCUGGACCCCCCCUGAGUUCAUCAACAAGAGGGACGCCAUGGAGGAGCAGCGGAAACAGCACGACAAUAACUGCAGACUGCUCGUCCAGUCGAAGGUUCUCCUCCACGAUCACUUCAAGCGCGUCUACGCCGACGUGCUGUACCGAUGGAACCUCCUCUCCAAGCGUGCAGAAGUGCUCAAGUUCUUAAGCAAGCCACCGGACCCUCACAAAGACGUCGAAUUUUCCACGAGAUGCUACAACUGCCUCCAGCGAACACGUGGAGCUCAGUGUAUGUCGUGUAAGAGUAUAGGACUACAGUGCUCUAUAUGUCACGUGGCCGUACGAGGCGCCAGUAAUUUCUGCAUCGCCUGUGGACAUGGCGGACACGCUAAUCACAUGAUCAAGUGGUUCGAAGCAAUGGACAUCUGCCCUACAGGAUGCGGUUGUCAAUGCCUCAAGGACAGCAUAUUGUAUUGGACUAACACGUGACAAACAUGAUGAUGAUCACGUGAUGGACAUGUGAAAAUGACACGUGACAAACACGUGAUGGACCUCUACCCUACAAGAUGUGGGGUGUAUUAUAAGUGGACUAGCACGUGAUGAUCACGUGAUCAUGAACACGCAAUGUGAUUCUCCCCUUCAGGAGGAACAUUUCACGCGUGCAAUUUGCUCACUGCCCCGCGAGGCCAAAAACUUACAGUUCAAGCAGGAGAGUAUUUUGGCUCAGUUGUUAAAGUACACGCGUCCUCGCCGUGAGACAGUAUAUUCACAGCGGACUGACACGUGACAUACACGUGAUGGGCCUAUUCAUUGAAUUAGAAAAGGUCAUGUUUGGUGGACUGACACGUGACAUACACGUGAUGGACCUAUUCAUUGAAUUAGAGAAGGUCAUUUUUGGUGGAUUGACACGUGACAUACACGUGAUGGACCUAUUCAUUGAAUUAGAGAAGGUCACAAGGGGUCAAACCACUCGGAGUGGGAGAUUAGAAUACGAAAAAAAAGAUGACAUACAAUCUUAUACAGCCUCGAGAUUGGAAAAGGCGGGAAGCAAACAAUACCAACAAUUGUAAAUAUAACCCUAACAUUCUUCCCGCACCAUAAGGGGUUAACGAAGAGGAUUACUUCGAUUAUAAAAUUAUAAUUUCAAAACGAUAAUUUGCUUCUAUAAAACUAGGUACACGGACUUAACAGGUGUAUCUCAUGUUAGGCGCAUCCUCCAAUAUCCAAUAGAUGUAUAUAUAAUUUUAUAAUAAUAAUAUAAUUAUAUAAUAAAUGAAUACGGUUACUCUCA